AUGGUUAAAAUUUCCCACAUGAUUGGACUCUUCAUGGCUGACAUGUUUUUAAUUGUUGGAGCAUACGAUGUUCUUCUUGGCGCCUACUACGGCCUUUUAGGUGACAACUUAUCAUCCCCAGCGUCAGUGGUGCAACUCUGUCGAAAAUACAACAUUUCCCGCGUUCGAUUGGAAGUUUCAAACAUCGAUGUUAUAGAAGCGUUUCGUGGCACAGAAAUUGAUUUAUCUUUAGGUGUCCCCAACGACAUGUUACCAAACAUGGCGACCAAUAAGACUUUGGUUGAGGAGUGGUUUAACACCUACGUCGAGCCGUAUGUUAACGAUUACAUUAUCAAUUAUAUCGUUGUCGGUGACAAGGCCAUCCCUGGCCUCGACGACAACAUAUUGCCUGUCAUGAAAUCCCUUCAAGAUCUCCUCAACGCUCACUACUUCGGAGAAGCGAAACUCACCACAUUGGUUGGUUUCAACGCAUUGGCUGUUACAAACCCUCCAUCCAGCGGCGCGUUCAACCCGGCCAUUGUUGAGAACAUGAGAGGAAUCCUCGAGUUCUUACGAGGAGAAGGGUCUCCUCUGAUGGUUAGCGUAUAUACGUAUGAUCAAUAUGUUUAUGGUGGUAAUAGAAGCUUGGGUUAUGCGACACUUAGUGAACAAAACUCGUUGGUUCGUGAUGGGAUGUUGAGUUAUAAUAACUUGUUUGAUGAAAUGGUGGAUGCGUUUUAUGCAGCCAUAGAUAAGGAAAAUGUUGGAGAUGUGGCCAUUGUUAUUGGGGAAACUGGUUGGCCUACUUGUGGGAAUUAUAACGCUACGACACCGUUACUUGCAGCGGAGUACAAUCGGAACUUCAAGAGUCAUAUUAGCUCAGGAAAGGGGACACCCAGAAAAGAAAAUAUUUAUAUUGAAGGAUUUAUUAGGAGUAUAUUCAAUGAGAAUCAAAAGCCUGAAGGAGAGUCACGGUGUUAUGGCAUGUUCAACGUUGAUUCUACACCUAUUUACUCGCCAGUGUUUUAAUUGGGUUAGAUGUAUCCUAUGGUAAAAUGGUGUUUUUCAUGGGAAGUUUUUGGUACUAAAUACUAAGAUAGCUUGAAAAAAUAACUUGUGUAUUACUUCUAUUCCUUCCCUUGUGUGUG